AUGUAUGAUUUUCAGAGGCAACGAUCUGAUGAAAGGACGUAUUCUUCAGUAUCAAGAACAUUAAAAGGAGAAGUGUUCUUGACGAAGGUGUCAUCAAUGAUAUUCUUGUCGGUGAAGUAUGACAAAGAGGAAAAUGAUUCAUACUCUCCUGAUUAUGAGCAAAAUGUCAUAUUUGGAUAUCUUAAUGAUGAUGAUGAAACACUACAAGAGACGUCUUUCUUCGAUAAUGCAAAUGAACUAGAAAGAGAAACCCCAAGCAAAAUACCCCAAAGAGUUACAUUUUAUACAGAUAAUAAUAGGAGAUCUCCAUUCCCAAGAAGGGUUUGGGUUUUUCAAUAG